GGUUCCUGACUCUCCGCGCGCACUGUUUUAAUCAGACCGGUGCAGCCUCGAGCUGGAGUGGCCAGCUGGCCUGGAGCAAUGCGAGCGGGCCCCAGGGAGCGGCGGCGGCGGCGGCGCGGCGGCCCAGUGAAAACACAGAGACCCCCAAAAGGAAAGCAGAGGAGAGAGAGAGAGACCCACACCCAGACCCCGCGAGAAGAGAUGACCAUGACCACCAUGCCAGAAAGUCUCAACAGCCCCGUGUCGGGGAAGGCGGUGUUUAUGGAGUUUGGGCCGCCCAACCAGCAAAUGUCUCCUUCUCCCAUGUCCCACGGGCACUACUCCAUGCACUGUUUACACUCGGCGGGCCAUUCGCAGCCCGACGGCGCCUACAGCUCGGCCUCGUCUUUCUCCCGACCGCUGGGCUACCCCUACGUCAACUCGGUCAGCAGCCACGCGUCCAGCCCCUACAUCAGUUCGGUGCAGUCCUACCCGGGCAGCGCCAGCCUCGCCCAGAGUCGCCUGGAGGACCCAGGGGCUGACUCCGAGAAGAGCACGGUGGUGGAAGGCGGUGAAGUGCGCUUCAAUGGCAAGGGGAAAAAGAUCCGCAAGCCCAGGACGAUUUACUCCAGUUUGCAGUUGCAGGCUUUGAAUCGGAGGUUCCAGCAAACUCAGUACCUAGCUCUGCCCGAGAGGGCGGAGCUCGCGGCCUCUUUGGGACUCACACAGACUCAGGUCAAAAUCUGGUUCCAGAACAAGCGCUCCAAGUUCAAGAAGCUGAUGAAGCAGGGUGGGGCGGCUCUGGAGGGUAACGCGCUGGCCAACGGCCGGGCGCUGUCUGCCGGCUCCCCGCCCGUGCCACCGGGCUGGAACCCCAACUCCUCAUCCGGGAAGGGGUCAGGCGGCAGCGCAGGCUCCUACAUCCCCAGCUACACAUCGUGGUACCCCUCGGCGCACCAAGAAGCUAUGCAGCAACCCCAACUCAUGUAAGGUUGCCCACCCGCACCCGCCAGCCUCCUUCCCGUUUCCCCUGGCCCGAGCGCCUCCUGCCUCCCGGUCCAUCCACCCCAUCCGUGUGCCCUGGACCCGGAGAAAGGCCCAGAGGGAAAGAAGAAGGAACAGUGAAGGCGGGACGCCCGCAGCCUCCUCCUCGGAGCCCCGCGUGGUCUCAACCGGCGACUUCCCCGGAGCCCACACCCUCGCCCGAAACCCUGGCCUGAGCCGCGAGCUGACAGCAGAGAGCGGCCUUGGAGCGCAGGCAGAGCCACCGGAGACAGCCGUUGCAACAAAACGAGCCGGCUGAACCCGGCCCGAGACCCUCAGCUGUGUGGACUAUCAGGAAAAAACAAAAGCAAUGUAGAAAAAGCAAAAGCUCUUUUCUGUCCUUUCCGUCUCUUGUCUCCUUUCGCUCUGUAUCUGUGCGCUGACGAAGUCGAGGUCCUCGUCUGUCCGCUGUCCUCAUUGUUCGGCCUCUGGAAAAAGUCACCAGGUCCGAGGAGGCGCAGUCCACCAGGCCGCCUAUUUCCGGAUACUGGGAUGUUUUGUCCUUGCAGACCUUCUCCUGGGUCUGCCUCACCAUCCGUGUAGUUUGUUUGGGAACUGGGAGAAAUUGGAGGGAGGGGUUUUUAUUUAUUGAGAAAUGGACUUCGCCUGAGGCUGAAUAUUGGCCAGUUCGCGAUUCUGUGGGGCACGAGGAGCGCACGGUCCAAAUGUACCGAUUUCUUUAAACACACCGAUAAACGAUUAAAGAGAAUAUGGUGAUUUUUAACUUAUAUGGUAACUUUUGUACUUCGCUGGUAGAGGUUGGAGCCGAAUUAUUUGCAUUUUUUACAUGUCCUGUGUUAUUUUAAAAAGAAAGAAAUGAAGCCAACACAAUUUCUCAUCUUGAAAAGAACGCUUAGUCUUCUUGCCUGGACAAGAAGGAAAAUCUGAAUUCCCUCCUUAGGGAGAAGGAGAGGACCGAAGGGCAGUGGUAAGAAGAAAGAGGCAGGCGUGAGCUAGUGCCCUGUAGCAGUGGGCUUUAAAGUAAGACAAAAGCAACUGUACAAGAAUCCCCAGAGGCUGGAUCACAGAAUAAUGCCAGUCGCCACCCUGAACGCACAGUCUCCAGUGCAGGAUCUAAUCGCUGUACAUAUUAUUAUUGUUAUUAAUUAUUAUUGUUAUUAUUAUUGUUCUGUAAACAUGUUGCACAAGCUUAGCUUUUUUCCGUUCCGUUGUGUGUGGCUGUAAAACCUGAUGCUUUGUGAAAUGAGAAUCUUGACAUUUUACUUGUGAAAUUUGGAAAAUGUGAUCAGUUGAAAUCAACCGUGUUUUGUGUUCUCUAUGUCAAAGUUUAGUUUUAUAUUGAGAAUGUUAACUUAUUGCUUUGUAUCUUGGGGAAAAAAAGGACUUUGUAAAUAAGUUGUAAAGUUUCUUUAAGACAGUAAAAUUAUGGU